AUGGCAGGUGUAGUCGGAGCAAGACCCGGCCGGAGCAAGGCGCGGCCUGGCCUGGGCGAUGGCAGGUGUAGUCGGAGCAAGGCGUGGCCGAAGCAAGCAAGGUGCGGCCGGAGCAAGGCGCGGUCAUGUUCAUUCAGCAGGCGCUUCGAUCUUGUCUCCGAGGCGGCUUUGAGCGAUCACGAAGGUCGUGAGCGGAGGGUUAGAGGCGGAGGAGGCAUGGCGGGGCUUGGUCGCUUUGUGGCGAAGAGCACUCACAGCAUUGGACACGGGAGGGGGGGACAGGUAAUCGUCUGUGGAGACUAUGCGGUGGGCAAGACUUCGCUCAUCAGGCGGUACUGCGAGAACACGUUCUCGCCCAACUACAAGCUGACGAUUGGAGUCGACUUUUCGGUCAAGGCACUCGAGCGCGAUGAGACGACGGUCAAGCUGCAGAUCUGGGACAUUGCCGGGCACGAGCGGUUUGGCUGCAUGACGCAUGCGUACUACAAGCACUGCAUUGCGGCGGUGGUGGUGUACGACGUGACUCGCGAUGCCACCUUUGACUCGGUCAUCAAGUGGAAGCGCGACAUCAACUCCAAGGUCGUUCUUGCCAACGGCGAGCCUGUGCCCACGCUUUUGCUGGCGAACAAGGCCGACUCGGGCUCGGUCCCGUCGCCGACCGAGCUCGACGACUACUGCGCCGCGAACGGGUUCAUCGGAUGGUUCGCUACGUCGGCGCGCGAGAACAUCGGAAUCACAGAGGCCAUGGACACCCUGACAACCCACAUCCUGCGCGUCGCCGAGUCGAACAUCCCGCGCGAGACCGCCACAGGCAUCGUCUCGCUCGUCGGCGCUCCGCCCAAUUCAGGCGGCGCCGUCCCGGACUCGGGCGCGAGCUCGUCCGACGGCUCCAAGAAGUGUGCUUGCUCGUUCUAG